AAAGGAAACAUCAGGUUGCAAUGUAGAGACAAUUCUGAAGUUUGGCACGAAUUUACUUUUGAAAUUUUUGAAAGCUGAACAAAUCAUGGUUGUGUAUGGUAAGCUGGCUAAAACGAACACUAAUUCCAUAUCACAGGUACGCAGUUGGACUCAGAACAUGUAUGAUUUCAGAAGCUCCUUACUAAGAGUUGUGAAAGAGUGUUCCUCAAAGAAGGUGUGUAAAGCUAAAUGCCAAAAUGGCGAAUGCGUCCACCUUUCAAUGGAAAACCGAGAUAUGUGUUGUUGUCCACAGUACUAUGAUGGAACACACUGUCAAAUACAUAAUCAAGUCAUCUUAGCAAUGGACACAGUAGGAGUGAUGUCAACAUUAAAUCAAGUCCCCAAGGCAGGGAAUAUCAUUGAUCUUAAAUUAGCAACCAAUUUGUUAAUUGCAUCCAUGAAGUGUAUUACGUUUGCUUAUGAAACUAUUCAAAAAAUAAACACUGAAACUAUACAGAAACAUGUUUUAACGACUUCUGAUCUUGGAUCAUUUUAUAAUACGUAUCUUAGCAUGAACUACCUGAUUACAAGUGCGAAAAAGAUAAUAAAAUGUGAACAAAUAUUAACACACGAAUACAAGAAGUCUAAGUUAUCGCGAUUUGCGUUUCAUUUGCAAAAAGCAUUGUACAAAAUAGACUCAUACUUCAAUUAUCGACGGGAUGAAGAUACAUUCCAGCCAGAGUCGUUGCUUGCUAGAGUCAUCAAACGCAAUAAGAAUGAAGCUUGCACAUCAGAUUUCAAAACAAAGAUAGAUAACCUCUGGAGACAAUUUCAUAUUGCGCAGGCAAAUGGGUUUUCCGUAUUAUUGCAAGUUCGCCAUGUUUUAAACAUACAUUCUCUUAAGGUUCCCACCUUAUAUGAACAGCGUGUCAAACAGCAAACACAGUUUUCAAAUGAUUCCACUUGUAGUGCAGAAAUAACACAUUCUAAGAAUGUUCAUUGUGAACAAUUCCAUCUGGCAAAGAAUAUGAACAUUGAAAAUAAGUGCAUGGAAGGAUUCGCUCGCAAAGGAACUUGCUAUAUCACAUGCAAAAACAUAACAUCUGAUUGUUUACCUUGCAAUUGUAACACUACAGGAUCAGUAUCACCUAUAUGUAAUUCAGAAACUGGACAGUGUCAAUGUAAAGUUGAUUUUCUUGGAAGGAAUUGCGAUAUGGAAGAAAAACAAGACUGUAAAUUGAGUGGUUGGACAUCAUGGUCUGCUUGUAGCAAAGUAUGUGGAGUUGGAGGUCGACAAGAACACUCUAGACACAUAAUAUUACCACAAAAGGGAAGUGGAAAGAAAUGUCAAGGUGAAAAGGUGGAAACCAGAACAUGUUUCAAGCGAUGUUGUAAUGGUACAUUUGAGUGUAAAGACAGUUCAAAAUGUUUCAUGGGAAUUAAAUGCCAACCUUGUAACUGUGAACACAAAAGAUCAAUCUCUGGCAUAUGUCAACCUAUUAAUGGUGCCUGUUCAUGUAAAUCAAAAUAUCAAGGAAGGCGGUGUCAAGAAUUGAAACCAAAGGAUUGCUCGGGAUUAGAUAAAACGGUAUAUACGAGUGGAGUUUAUACAAUCUACCCGGACAGUGGUUCUAGCUUUAAAGUGUAUUGUGACAUGGACACUGAUGGCGGUUAUUGGACUGUUUUCCAGCGUAGACUUAAUGGAAAGACAGAUUUCUAUCGUGGUUGGAAUGAAUAUGAAAAUGGUUUUGGUGACCUUAAUGCGGAAUAUUGGUUAGGAAACGACAAGAUACAUAGUCUAACAUCAGAAGGACAAUCUGUGCUGCGUAUUGAUUUAGGAGAUUUCAAAGGAGAUACUGCAUAUGCAAAAUAUAGACACUUUUCCAUUGGGGACAAAUCAAGUAUAUACAAACUGACCGUCAGUCAUUACAGUGGAAAUUCAGGUGACAGCUUGUCCCAGCAUAACGGUAUGAUGUUCACUACAAAGGAUAACGACAAUGACAGGUUUUCCGGAAAUUGUGCAACCGCAUAUAAAGGAGGUUGGUGGUAUAAUGAUUGUUAUCAUUGUAAUUUAAAUGGUCAGUUUGGAGAAAAGGGAGGACCCGGAAUAUCUUGGUACUACUGGAAAAAACAAUUAGGUAGUUUGAAGACAUCAACAAUGAUGAUACGGAAGAGAACAUUGUAGAAUUAUUUCACUGUCAACAAAUAUUUCUAUUUUUUUUUUAUGUAUUUGAAGAAAUUAAUGCUCUGUAUUUGUGCGAUAUGUGUCGAAAAAAUUGUACAUUGGUUGGUUUUGUUUUGUAAUUUCACAUCCUGGCACAGUAACUCUGGACAAAUAGAGAAUGUGUAGUCUGUGAAUCAGACAUGAGGGAAGUUGUAAUAAUUAUUGUAAUCAUUAAUUACAUGUAAUUGAAAACAGUUUUUCAAGUAAUCAUCAAUCAGUCAAUCAUCUUUUUACCUAUAAUUUAGUUUAAUCGACUACUGUUCAAAAUACCCUGUUAUUCUAAAAACUUUUUGAUUACAUUUGAUUACAAAAAAAAUCUGAAUCAGUGUUUACUGUUUAUAAAAUGUUAUGUAUUAAAUGAAUCUAUUUGUCAAUUACAUUUUUGUUUACAUAGUUCCCAUUCUUUUAAUCAUAUACAUUUACUUUUUUACUUCAGUGUAAAUAAAAUGAUAAAGUGUGAAAAGUUGUCAUUAGCCUAAGUAAAAGAUAUUUUGCAUAUAUUCUCCAUUUAAGGUGGUAUGGGAGUCUAAAAUAAAAAUUAUAGAAUUUGUUCAUACUUUGCCAAAAUGAAGUAUCUAUUGAUACAUGUUCAAAAAUAUUAUAAAAAUGAUAGGUCACCGCGCAUUUUCUCAAGCUACAGGUUGCGACAAAAUGACAGAUUUUGUAUGGAUUAUACAGGAAAAAACACAAUUUUUUUAAUAGAAACUAAACAAAAUGAUAGAAAUGUAAAAUAAAUUAGGAAAAGAUAGCUUUCAGACAAUGCUUUGAGAAUAUCAAAAGAAAAGAUAGGGUCGCCGUACGUUUUUUCCUGUUAAAAGACAAAUUAGGAAAAUUCCAUGUAUAGUCCUUUAGAAAAUGCACUGUUUUAGAGUUAUCUCCCCUUAAAAUGCCAAUUUGAAAAUAUUUAAAAAAAAAACCAAAAAUAAUCAACACUUGUAACAAUAUUAAUAUUUAUAAGUUAUGUUCUUAUAAAUUGGUUCUUUUAAAUGAAAAUUUACAUUAAAUAUCUGCAUUCCCGCAUCAAAUUUUGCUAACUGAAUAGAAAAUACGGACCUUAGAUUCUCUGUUUUUUACAAUCAAAGAGGGCGAAGACACCUAUACCUCCUUAAAGAGUAACAAGCGUAUAUUUGAUAGCAACUGUUAAAUAAAAGUAAUACUCUUCCUUAACCCCUUAGUCAUAAUCCUUUGUUAAUUUUGUUAUAAAUAUUGUUGCCUUUGAAAUGGCAGACGUAGGAGACCUAUGAAGGUGUGUAUGUAUUGCAUUUACAGAGCUGUAAGGCAAUACAUACAUGAUAUAUGAUAAAUCAGACAUGUGAACAUUUAACUAGUUAGCACAUAAAAAUUAAAAGUGUGACAAAUAUGUUGUUUAAAAUAAACAAAUUGUGGUAUAUAAAAUGCAAUGACAACAGAUUUUUAAUAAUUUUUAUUUUGUCAAGGAUUUCAAUAACAAUAAUAUAACACUUUGACAUAUGUUAUGCGGGAUGACGGGAAGAAGUACAAGCCACGACAGAUGGAUAUUAUCAAAAUAGAUUCAACAGUAAUUUUUUAAAAAGGAAUAUUCACAAAGACAAAACUUAAGAUAAAGAGUUUAUUAUUAAAUAUUAUUCAGAUGAUGUAUUAUUUGUUAAGUUUAUACGGAAUACGAUUGUAUAAGAAUGGCCUAAUUGAUUAUAUAGUAAACGUGCAAGUGGUUGUACAGUCAAUAACAUAUCCAACAUCAAUAUAAGGAAUUGCUUUGAACGUCUACUCAUUUAUUAGCUUUUAAACAUUGAUACAAGGAAGACUAUAUAUUAGGAAAAAGACAUCUGAACUUUUAUGUAGCAAUGACCAUAUUAUACAGGAUCAAAACUAAAGAACGUAAAUCAUUUGAUUAGUAACACCUUUUUAGUUUAGAAAGUCUUUUGUUUUGAAAUUUUCAUUGUCGCAAAUAGAAAAUAACCCAAAACAGUAUCAAUUGAUUUGCUAGCUGUCAAUGUCAAAUGCAACGCCCGUCUAGUUGGACAUAAACAAAAGAUCGACAGAAAGAAACACUCACACAAAUUCGGUAUAACAGUGAUGGUAUAAUUCUUUCUGCUUAAAUUAAUAAAUUUAUAUAUCAUAAUCUGUCUAUCGAAUUAACUGCUCUUCUGACAUUCUUUGGAUCAAUCACGAUGACAUAAUGCACCUAUUGCAUAUUUUAAUCGGUAUAAUUGUUUAGGGUUUACAUAAUAUCAGUAAGAAUUUCUCGUUUACAUAAGAUAAACGAUCUAUGUUAAAAUGUUUUGAAUUAUUUCCGUGUUUUAUAUCUUCAUCAUUACAUGUAUUAUUACUGUGUCUAUUAUGUUUUUUAAUCAAUAUGGUUGACAUACUUAUUAGUAAUAACAUUUAUACCAUAAAUAUUGAUUUUGUAUAUAUUGUUCCUGAAAUUAUAUCUGCCGGAUAAACUAUGAACACUUUUUAUUGGUGGCAACUGUCAUCAAGUAAUUAAACACUUGUCAACAUGUGUAUUCUCGCCAAAAAAAAACAAUUAAGUUAUUGUGAGUUUUCUGUUAUUUUAUC